UUCCCUUUCCUCCCUUGAAAGAUAAGCAAUUUCUUUUGGAGCUUCCUUCCUAAAAGAACUCUUACCCUGGAAACUUUGCUCUGCAAGAGCUUAUCAUUUGUAAAUAUAGAAAGAGGAAGACCAGCAAUAAAAUCCCCAAUGGAGCGAAUCCUGUAUUAAGAAAAAGGCCUUUCUGAGCAAAGUCAUAUUCAAACGGCUCUGAUGCUUUGGCUCCAGUAAGAGCUGCCUUUAAUAAGCAGCAAAUGAUCAUGGAAGCUCCCAAGGUUUAUUCCAGAGGGCUGCUGACCUGGCUUCUGGCUCUUCAGCUUGUCUGUACCUGGUCAGGUGCCCAAGGCCAGGAUCUGCAGGUGGUGCAGCCUCCGGGACCCUUGUCGGUGUCGGCAGGAGAGACCCUCACUCUGAAUUGUGACUUGAUUGGGCGUAGUCCACCAGGAGGCGUGAGAUGGCACAAGGGCUCUGACAGAAAGCAGCCACCCAUUUACAGUGACCUAGAAGCAUAUUCUUCCCGGGCAACCAGGAUUUAUAAUGUAUCACAAACAGACUUCAGCAUCCGCCUCAGCAACAUCCGACCCGAGGAUGCCGGGACCUAUUACUGUGUCAAGUACAGGGCAGGAAGCCCAGAGACGGAAUACAGAUCAGGAGCGGGCACUGAGGUGUCUGUGAUUGCCACCCCAUCCCAACCAUCUAUCAGCGGCCCCACGAGCAGAGUGGAGUCGGGAACCUCGGCAACUUUCAACUGCACCUCGGACAGAUUCUCCCCCCGAGAGAUCAGAGUCACCUGGCUGAAAGGCAUGAGCUGGAUCAAAGCCCCAAAGCCCAUUGUUUUGCCAGAAGGCGAGAGCAUCUCCUACCAAGUCCGGAGCACAGCAGAGGUGCCACUCACAAAAGACGAUGUGAAGUCCCAGCUCAUCUGCCAGAUCGACCACGAAACCUUACAGAGUCCCCUGCAAGAGGUUUUUAGACUUGGAGAGAUCCUAAGAGUUCCACCCAGAGUGCAACUGGAAACCAAGCCACUCAAUCCCAUCCAGCUGAACGUCUCGGUGACCAUCAGCUGCAGCGCGGAAGGAUUUUACCCGAAUGACAUCGGCCUGGUCUUGUUUGGCAAUAACAACAACAAGAGCGAAAUCGGAACGGCUGAGUCCGUGACUGAGAAUAGAGAUGGGACGUUCACCCGCAGGAGCUCCCUGGAGGUGGAGGCGACAGAAGAGAGAAACCAUUCCGUAUUUAUUUGCCAGGUUAAGCACAACUCCCUGGCUACAAUUAAUGCAACAACCAUGCUGAUAAUCAGGGCAACGGCUGGAGAAAGUGGAAGUUUCGGUCAAAAGCCAGAAGACAAGCGUAUCAUCAUCAUCAUUGCAGUCGUUUGUUCGCUCCUGGUUAUAUUGGUGGUGGCUGUCAUCUACCUCAUCCGAGCAAGGCAUAACAAGGGUAAAGACCCCACAUCUGUAAGGCUGCAUGAAUCUGAGAAGACUUCUGGGGGAACAAAUCAGGACCCCGAUCCCAACAACGUCACCUAUGCAGACUUAAACUUUGAUAAGACCCCCAAGAAGAGCCCCCACCAGGGGGUUGAACCCAGCCCGCAGUCUGAAUACGCCAGCAUCCAGACUGCCCAGCCGGCAGCCAACAACGAGAAUGUGACCUAUGCAGAUUUGGACAUGGUGCACCUAAGCAAAGCGCCUAAGAGACCCGCUCCAAGGCCAGAGGAAGCCAGCUCAGAAUAUGCCAGCGUACAGGUUCAGGGCAAAUGAUCCCUGGCUGCAGGCGUCAGCUCUCUGUGGCUUGCUGGCCCUCUUGUGGGGUUGCCGGAUACCUCCCUUGCUGGGCUCGGCCUUGCCUGCAGACUGGGUCUUGGCGGAGGUGCAAUGGGAUUUGCCUGCCAAGGUGUGGCUCCUGCAAUUUCUCUGAGUGGAACUUAAUGUACGUAGCCAAGGUCAAGAAGGAAACUAAUUGGUGCUACACCAACUGCAUCCUGGUACUUGGGCUAGUUCAUGGUGCCUCUUCCUCCCCUGCUUGUCAGGUGGACGGGAGAGGCCUAGACCAACUAAGGAUCUAACACAGCUUGUAUCACUGGCACAAUAACUCUCUCCUUUUAAUUCAUCAACAUGCCACACCAAGCAAGCAUUGCGUGGUGGGUGAGGUGUCACUUUUAGGGAGGUGGGCCGCUGUCCUCAGUUCUGCCUGCUGAAGGUCUUCUCUCCACUUCCUUUCGAGACAGCCAAGUCCUCUCACGUGCCACCUUGAGAUUCGGGCCUGAACAAAAGAAAGUCGGCAGCCCCAGCUAGCUCUGUGGAGUGGGAAGAAGCUAGUGGACACGAUCCACAACCAGACUUGGUGAUACGUGGGAGAAGGAAGCACCCACUUUCCCAGGUCCCCCUGGGAGGAGGACGCCUGCGUUCUUGACCACAAUGGUGUCUGAUUCACUUUGUAGUGCUCUUGUCCACAGAUAUUAUGAUUUCUCCCCCUGACGAUACGUCUCGGGACAGUGCCUCUUUGAGAUACAGCAACUUGUUCUUUUGCUGACCUAGUGCCCUCCCAAUGUCUUGGAUGACAACUUCCAUCGGCCCCAGCCAGCAUGGCUGUUUGAUGUUGGGGUCAAUGGGAGCUAUAGUCCAAACCGUCAGGAGGGCACCAGGUUGACGAAGGCUAUUCUAGGCCCACCUUUUUCCAUCUCACCUAACCCUGGGGGCUGAUGUUUGGCAAAGCCAAAUCUGUAGAAAGCAUUUUAGGUACAUUGAUCGCUGCCUCAUUAUUAUUUUUUUAAUCCACUUUUUUUAUUUCAUCACAAAGUGUUUCUAGUGUUGGGGGGCCUUGGACACCCCUUUCAGCCUCUGUAAUAGGUGUGGGCCUUAGAAAAUUAGGGACUUGCCAGCUCCUGUCUCUUCCAUUUUUCUGUUUCGAUCACUCGUGACACCCCCCUGCAAAAAAAAAAAAUCUGGCUAAAUGAGGUGACAACAACACAACUAAGGCCUGCAAUUCUCUGUGUGUGUGUGUGUGUGUGUUCAUGUACGUCCGAUAGAUGCUUCUCACCUGCACUGCCACAGCUAUUCCUCCCAAACAUCAGGCAUGUGACAGCUUGCACGAUCAGAAAAGAACGUGCCUCUAAGGCCAACUCUUCUCCGUUCUAGCCCAUGCACAUCAACUCAUCUCUUUCCUCCACAGUUGCUCCAUAAUCUCAAGCAGGGGAGCUCCAUAAUCUCAAGCAGGGGAGCUCCACGCACGCACAUGCAAACACACACACACACACACACACAAAACUGGCUUUUCUUCUUGGGCUCCAUUGUGAUUUGUUGGUAUUGUGGCCAUUUUGGCUUUAUUACUGUUGUUGGUAUUAUUUUUUAUACACAAGUGUGGCAGCCCAAGCAAACAUUAUGGCCCAGGUGGACCACAGGGAACAGCAACAAAUGAUGCUGGAGUGAUGCCUGUGAGGGGCAGAUGCAAAGUGGCUGUCGUGUGUGGGUGCUGAGAAAGUGGUUCAGAUGAGCAGGCCUGAUGCCCCACGGGUCACCUACUGGGGGGUGGGGCACUCAUCCCCAAGGGAAGACGUCUCCAUAUGAGAUUGCACCAGGAUGUUGCACCUUUUGGAAGUUCAGAUCUCCCCCCCCCCCGAUUGUCUCCUGUCCCUGCUCUGUGCCAUGGGAAUCACUUCGGCUUUUGAGUACUUCCUUGGCCAAAUCCGUGGGGUUGUCGUUUUCUCCUCUGGUGGUCUUGCUCACUUUUCAUUCCAGAGGUGCUUUUGGAUUGGGAGGGAGACCACUGGGAUGAAGAAUAGCACUUCUCUGCCCACGAGGAGUACGCCCUCCCCCAUGAGCCACCAUCAUACCACCUGUGUUGACUGUUCAGCAUUAUAACUGUUUACUCCUUUUAGAACUAAAAACAAACCAACCAGUA